AUGAGGUUACUGUGGAUCACUUUGCUUGCUAGCCUUUUUCUAGCCGCCACAGGGUAAAUUAUGUUACUAUAUGUAAUAGCUAGAGAACAGAAAUCUCAAAUGGUAUAGUUACAGUAAUCUUUAGAGUUUUUCUUUACAGUCGCUACGCCUUUAACACAGUGGAUUCUGAUGACAAUGACGGUGAAAUCUGGGCAGUUCUUGUCGCCGGCUCGAAUUCAUGGUGGAACUACAGACAUCAAGCAGACAUUUGCCAUGCUUAUCACAUUCUAAGAGAUCAUGGUAUACCGGAAGAUCACAUUGUCACCAUGAUGUAUGAUGAUAUUGCUGACAAUGAAGAGUGAGUGCCAUUGUUAUGGUUUUUAAAGAAAAUAUUUGAUAUUUUAAACAUUUUCAUUUUUAAAUUUUAAAAUUUAUGCCAUUUGUUAUCUUUUUCAAUUUUUUGCACAGUGCAAUAAAAAUGACUGCACAGUGCAGUCAAACUUUUUGCACGGUGCAAAAUUUUCUCUUGCUUUUUUCAAGCAUUGGAAAGAAAGUUUUUGCAUAACAAAAAUGCCAUUAUUUAACAGUGUCAAUAGUUGUUGUUUUUACUACAAAAAAAUGUUUUUUACUAUAGCAUUGUAAGAUAGUAACGACAAUGUAAACAUUUUGCACUACAAUAUAUAAUUUUUUGCCAUUCUUUUAGUGGUUUAGCCCAAUGUUAAUCGUUUAUGACAUUUUUUGAAAUCAUUUUUGAAAUAUUUUUAAAAUUUAAAAAAUUUUUGAAAUUUAAAACCUUUUGAAAUUAAAAAUUUUUUUAAUUUUCAUUUUUUCAGAAACCCCUUCAAAGGCAAGAUCUUCAACCACCCCAAUGGGUCCGACCUCUACGAAGGCGUCAAGAUCGAUUACCGUGGCGAAGACGUCAAUCCUGAAAACUUCUUGAAGGUCUUAAAAGGAGAACCAAACGGACCACACCGAGUGGUACAGUCGACCCAAAACGACCGUGUCUUUGUCUACUUUUCCGACCACGGUGGACCCGGCAUCCUCAACUUCCCCGACUCCACCCUGACCGUCAAAGACCUGAUUGGUACUCUGCACCAACUGCACCAAAACCAAGUCUACAAGGAGCUGGUACUGUACGUUGAAGCAUGCUUCUCUGGCUCAAUGUUCAGCGGAUUCUUGCCCAAUAACACCAAUAUCUACGCAGUAACGGCCGCCAACUCGGCCGAAUCAUCGUACGCAUGUUACUGUGACAGUAGAAAGUUACCGGGAGUAUGCUUAGGCGAUUUGUUCAGUGUGAACUGGAUGGAAGACUCGGACAGAGAAGAUAUCGAGACAGAAAAGCUGAGUCAACAGUUCAAGAUUGUGAAACAAGAGACCUCGAGCAGCCAUGUCAUGAAGUUUGGCGAUGAAGAGUUUGUCAGCGAACCUGUGGGAGACUUCCAAGGCAGAGAGGGCAAUAAAAACAAGAGAUUUGUAGCUGAAAAGGUAGGACAACGACCGAAAUCCGGCCAAAAAUGUCAUUUUUCAGGUAAAAAACCUAGAAAACCGACAAUAUUUUAAAGAAAAAAUGCGUAAAAUAACAAGAACCUUCUUUACAAACCCUCAAAAACUUUAUUUUUCACUUUUUUAUACCUAAAUUAACAAAAAACAACUUUUUGCACCGUGCAAAAUUUUCGACUGCACAGUGCAACGUUUAUUUUUGCACGGUGCAAAAUUUUUACAUUGUUAUUACUACUUUAUAAUGUUAUUGUAAAAAAUAUUUUUUGUAGUAAAAAUAACAGCUUUUGACACCGUUAAAUAAUGACAUUUUUAUUAUGCAAAAACUGUCUUUCCAGUGCUUAAAAAAAGAAGGAGAAAAUAUACCACCGUGCAACGAAUUUGGUUCCACUGUGCAGUCGGUUAUUUUGCCCGGCGCAAAAAGUAAAUAGUGCUGGAGUUGAUAUGAAAUUAAGAUUUUAUAAUUAAAAAUUAUGAAGAAACUUUGUUUACAAGGCAAAACAUGGCAGAAAAGGGCUUUGAAAAGGCAAAAAAUGAAGAAAUUUUGAAGAAAAACCGCAAUAACUUUGUUUACAAAGGCUGUAAAAUUAAUUUUUAAGGAUUUUAUAAAACCUGAAGAAACUUUCUUUACAAAUUUUACAAUUUUCAAUUUCAGGGCUCAGUGCACCAGUACAAAAAGUGGUCCUCAUUGGAAGUGCCCCUCAAAAUGUUGGAAACAAAGUUGGCGACAGUCAACUCGCUAGACCAGCAAAACGAAAUCGAAGCCCAACUAAGCCUAAUGAAGCAGAAGAGGACCGUAUUCAAAUUUCAUUUCAAUGCUUUAAUCAAAAAGCUGGUUCACGACCCCAUCAACCGCAAGGACAUUCUUUCCACGAAAGGCGAGCAAAUCAAGAAUCUGGACUGUCACGAUGACGUCAUCAAGGCCUUUGACAGAGUGUGCUACAACAUUGCCAAGGUACUGAUUUUGGUUUUGGAGAGUUUAAGCGAUAAAAAUGGCUGUUUUAAAAGAAAUUUGAGCUGAAAUUUGGCCUUUUACACUUAAAAAUAGCUAUAAUGUCAUUCUUUAUCAACGCAAAGUUAGAAAAUUGCAAAAACUUUCUUUACAAUAUCAUAAAACCCCCAAAAACUUUGUUUCUACCCAGUCUUCCCCGAACUUUUUAUAAUCAAGCGCACCGUUGCUUAACUUGCCAGAUCGGACGAGAUCGCGCUUUCGCACUGUGCAAAGAAGACAAAUGGCGCUGCACGGUGCAGAAAUCAAACUUUUGGCAAUAACUUUGUUUCCAGCGAUGUAAAAUGGCAUUUUUAAAACUUUUUGGGUUUGAAAUUUAUUUUUUGGCAAUAACUUUGUUUACAAUGCUAUAAAAAGACGUUUUUGAACUUUUUAAAGUGCUUGCAAAAACUUUUUCAAAUAAUAGUUAUUUUGAGGGACGAAAAGCGCAAUAACUUUGUUUCCAAUGAUAAAAAAUUUAGUUUUUAAAGUUUGAAAUUUAAAAAAAAAUUUUUUAAAUUUGCAAGAACUUUCUUUACAAUUUUUUGUAUUUCUUUUUGCACUGUGCAAAGGCGCUGCACGGUGCGUUGGAAAGAAAUUUCAUUACAAAACAAAAAAUGGCAAGAACUUUCUUUACAAGACAAAAAUUGGCAAGAACUUUCUUCACAAACUAAAAAAUGCAAGGACUUUCUUUCCAAUCAUGUUUUACAUUCAGAAUCCCUAUGUGAUUGAGCAUCUUCACGCGUUGGUGAAUUUGUGCAACCGAAACAUCCCGACCCAAAAGAUCAUCGACGAAAUGAUGGACCAUUGUCUGGAUACUCCAGUACAAUUCGUACUGUAA